UGUUUUUAAUGAAUUUGGCCAUUCAUAAGAAAUGACGGCAUAUCAGCUCUGGGAUCCAUGGAUUCCGUUCGAUGAGAGUUUCCACUGGGUCAGUUACAGUACAAACUCCCUCAAGAAAUUAGAUGAGGCAGAGAGGAUUCAGAUGCCUUCCCCAUCAGACCAGGAGGUGGCGCUCUACCUUCAAGAUGGAAUCGUAGCAGAGGACUGGGACCUGUUGGACCUGCUAGUGGAGCCAGAGCAAGUGGUGGUGACCGAGGACCCCUGUUACACUUUCCAGUGUGAGAUCAUGAACGAGACCGCCGUAGUUUUACACAAACCCCAACCCGUCAAACUGAGCUCUGUCGAUUCAGUAUUCGGCCGAGCGAUCACAACCAGAGCACCAAAACUAUCUGGCAUCUUCACGGUUUCCGAGGGAUCUGCUUUCACUGAGAUAGUCUGUGACAGACCCCCAGCGCCUGCUCUGGGCGGACUAUAUAAAAUUAACAUUGUCGUGAUGAUUUAUAGACAGUUGAUGAGGGCGGUUACACUGAUAUACACAGCUUACCAGAAAUGUUCCUACGUAUUACAACAUUCAGUUUAA